AUGCCCAAAUACACCCUAUACCAACUUGUAGGAGACGCAUCCAACCCUGACGGAAGGGUGAUCUCACCGCACGUUUGGAAAACCAAAUUGGACUUGGCCUUCUUCAAACAAGAAGUGACCAACUCGGGCAAAACGUUCCCUCAGAUCAGAGGAGAACUAUCUGAAUUAACCAAGAACCCCGCUGUCACUGUACCCACCAUAGAGGUGGAUGGAGAGUUUACAACAGAUUCAUGGAAGAUUGCUGAAUAUCUUGAAGCGGAACAUGGUACCCCCGAACGAUCAUUAUUUGGAGGAACUGAAGCGGGGAAGAAUUUUGCAAAGUUCAUCGAGAUCUGGAGUAAUACCACGUUUGCGAAUGAGCUGAGACCUCUGGUUGGAGUUGCUAUAACAUCCCACUUCGACCCCUCUUCCAAAGCGUAUUUCAUCAAAUCCAAAUUCCAAGGGGACAUCAAGAAAUAUUCCUCGCUCGUUGACAAGUUCCAAGAUCCGGAGGAAUUAGAAAAACAACUUGCUCUCGCAAGAAGUAGGCUGAGCGUGGUGAACGAUCUGUUGAAAGUGAAGAAAUCGAAAAAUGAACCAUUAUGGUUAUUGGGUGGUAGUGAACCUUCCCACGCCGAUUUCUGCUUGUUUGGAUGGUAUACUUCUUCCACUAUCCAUCCGGCUGUUGAGAAAGGUGUGUGGAGACAUGAGGAAGUGGCAUUGGUGGGUGAGUGGUUAGAUGGAUUGUUGGAUAGUGGGUUGGUAGAUAAGGAUCAACUGAAGUAA